AUGUCCGAAGUCGAAUAUUACGACCAGAAGGUUGUCAAACGACAUUAUCCAAGGGAACAAGAAUCACAAACAGGACGUCUCUGUUUUCAGUUUGAUGCAGAUCCAAACCUUAUGCUCGUGAAAAAUAAAAUUGCCAUUCAUAUAACAAUCGAAUUGAAAAAAGGCUAUAUACCAUCUAACGGAUUUGCAAGCAAACAAUUUGGAAAAACUGAAGUCGCUGUCAACUCCCAAAUCAUAGACAGUUCCAACUCAAACUCGCACUAUUUUAUGGCUGAUUAUUUGACGAAGCGGACAAACUUCGACCCCUUGUACGUUGCAACCGGAUUCCAGAUAGAAGGAUACUAUGAUGAGUAUCACUAUGAAACAAUACAGGAUGAAACCUCGAAGGAAACUAUUCGAACUGGUCGGAGACCUCAGUGCUUUGUCAAUGAAGCUGGAAACUAUGUUUACGAACUUAUUUUCCUGCCUACUCAUGGAUUCUUCCUUGAAAAUAAGCCACUACCUCUCAACACAGAUCUUUCAAUCUCAUUCUAUCGUCUGAAGCACGAAUUUUCAACAAUAUUCCAUGGAACUGAGUUUCAAGAAAAGUAUUCACCGGGGGAAGUACUCAAGAUCACUGACGCCUAUGCACUCGCUGAAUAUGUCUCAUCACCAAGUCUGCGUAAUUACUUUUCAAGAAUCCGUUCGAAACCGAUCUCCUACAAAUUCAACGACACUAUGAUCACAACUUUGACUCUUCCUAAAGGAAGAAAACAUGUCCUUUUGCAUAACGCGCUUGGUGGAAAUACACCAGCAUAUAUUUUCUUUGGCCUUAUUGACACUAAAGCUCUGGAAGGAGAUGACUCGAUGGAAUCGACAAAUUUCUCAUUCAAUCCAGAUUUGAUCUCAGUCAAUGCGAUGCUUAAUGGACAAUCGCUAAAUGGAUAUCCUCAGAAAGUAACAAAUCAGUAUCCGAUUCUAUCGUAUUGGAAAUAUCAAGACGCUCUUGGUCGAAUCGCUCAGAGUGAUCUUUCCUAUGUGCUUUCAAUGGAAAACUACAAAAGCAACACAAUUUUCGGACAUGAAUUCGAGGGAGAAGAAGUUUCUCAAGGCUGGCUCUCAUUCUCAUUCGAUUUCAAAGAAGAUCUGACCAAAGACCUCUCAAUUGUCAUUUGGUCAAUUGUGUCUGUUAAGCUUACGAUAGAUGAGCAUAAACAAGUCGAAAAAACUCUUCUUUGA